UCGAUGCAUUUAAAAUAAAAUAAAAAAAAAGAAAUCGCUUUCGGUUGCGCAACACCUGUCCGUCGUCCCUGACCUCGGGUGCCGUGACGUCACUGGCAAGCCGUAGUGGCGGCGCUGCUGUGCCGGCAGAGGUUAGUAACCUUGGCAACACCCGUUGUUACGUGGCUGACGUUUAGUAAAGGGUUGAUUUUAGACAUUUUUUAAGCAUUUUUUUCUUUUAGAAUUAUGUGUUUUAUCCAGUCGAUGUUUGAUAAUAUUGUAUUUUAUUAUGAUAUUUAUAUGUUACCGUGCCGUUUGUGUCCACGGAUUCCCUCUUUGUUGGUUUUAUUAAGUGUUGUGAAAGAUAUUUAUGUAGUGGAUAUGUGAAGUCUGAAUGCCAAAUCCAGAGAAACAAGUCAUGUCCGCACAGACUCUACACAAAAGGCCACCAAAGUUGCAUUUAGGUCACGAGGAAACAGCGUCGUCAGCCGAUGAAAUAAAUAACUCCAACGAUUUUGGUCAAUGCAACUUGGCGACUGUGGGAAUGUCUUCUUCACCUGGCACUCCAACAACGCCCAGCACUCCCAGCUCACCCGCCAUUUCGAAACCACCAAAGAAACGUUACUUAGAAAAUGGUAGUUUUAGAUGCACGGGAGAUGAUCAGAAUCCUUCUCAGAUGGCAAAUCUUAUGGAAUUGGCCAAGGUUUGUUCCAAUACAACAAAGGCAUCUGGCAGCUCAUUUUGUAAUCUGAAUUCUGUGAGAGAUUCUACUAAUAAAACUUAUGGAUCAGUGAGUGAUUAUCAAACAAAUGUUAACUGUAAUUAUACGCAAGCUUCGAGUAGUGCACUGGGUGACAUUUCAAUGUCUAGAACAAUAUCUUCUGGGACCUCGUCUUACAAUCAGAUUCCAAUUUUUGACGUCGACAUUGCUGGUCGCAUCAGAGAUAGCGACCUGUUCGAGACGUGCAGCUCGUCGCCUUCCGGGAAUGCGAACAUUUCAAAUUCUCGACCGGAAGAACCAUUAAAUCUGUGUACGGAUAAGAAGACCAUCACGACGUGUCAACAGGAUCUUAUUAGUCGAAUGGUCGAUAAGUUCUUUUGUGAUCCAAAUGAAUCUAAAGGUACUCUUUUAGAUUCGUUUCUCCUGAGAAUGAAUUCUCAUAAAAAGUUACCUUACUGUGAUAAAAAUACCAAGACUUCUAGUAAGUCUAGAGAUGAAACCAAUUCUUCAGAUGGGGAAGUGGAGUGCGUUGGUAGUUACAAAACUGCAAAGGUACACUUUAAUGAAAAAACAGGGUUGAAUAAAAAUGACAAGUCAGUUCAUUUUAAAAAUGAUAAAAAAGAUAGUGGUGUGAACAUUGCAGACGACGAGGAGAAAUUAGUGGAACAAAAGUCUCUGCAGAAAAAGUCACAAAAUAACUCUUCUCAAAACCAAAAUGCAUCUUCAAAAAUGGUCACAAAUUCAGAAAAAUUGCAAAACCCAACAGAUGCUCUCAACAAUGUCAGUGAUGAUUAUGCAUCGGAAACCAGUUCUCCUUCCAAAGAAGGCCAGAGAAAGUCUCAAAGAUCGUCCAAAGGAAAGCGAUACCAAGCUUUCCUAACAGAAGGUUUCCUUCAUCCUUUGAAAGAACGUAAAAUGAUGAGAAGAAACAACAGCGAAGAACAAAUCGAUUGUGAUAAACCCGUAAAAGAGGUCGAGGCAAAACCCGUUGGAAAACCUAACAAAAAACGAAAGGCAGUGGAAGUUCGUGACGGAAAAUCCGCCACCAAAGAGAAGCAGUUGACUGACGAUGCGUCAAGUCGAGAAGAGGAAUGCAACGGGAGUGGAGGCAAAGAGGAAAACGAGGCUCACGGGUCCAGGAAAGGCAAGAAGAAGAGCGCCGACAAAACGGAGGCGGAAAAAGCGGAAGAAGAAACUCGACAGAUGUCGCGGCGGAGCGCCGAAACGGAAGACGAAGAGGAGGCCGGCCGAAAGAAGAAGGCGGCGGAAGAUAAGGAAGAGGAGGAGGAGGCCGAAGACCGUUCCGAUUCCCCUCCCAAAUUGAUGCGGAUGGACGAAGAGGCGGAAGCGGACGACAAGAAUUCCCGCCAGCGAUCGUGAGCGAGCCCGGAAAGAAACCCACGCCGGUCACCCUAUUGUAAUUAUACACCUAUUAUAUAUAUAUAUAUAUAAAUCCAAAUUUAUAUAUAUAAAAACGUAAAUAUAUAUAUAUAUAAAAUCUAAAGUUAUUGUAUAAAAUGUGUACCGUCGUCUUAACGGGAAUGUAUUGUUUAUAAUAAACUAUUUAUAAAACGU